AUGGGUGUCAAGGGUCUCAACCAGCUCAUCAAAGAGCACUCUCCACAUGCAUACAAAGAAUUCGAACUCAAGAACCUCUUUGGUCGCAAAGUCGCCAUUGAUGCUUCCAUGUGUCUUUAUCAAUUCUUAAUUGCCGUGCGUCAAUCAGAUGGCCAACAAUUGACCAAUGACGAGGGUGAAACUACAUCCCAUUUGUCUGGUAUUUUUUACAGAACUAUUCGAAUGGUUGAGAAUAACAUCAAGCCAGUGUAUGUUUUUGAUGGUAAGCCACCAGUCUUGAAAGGUGGUGAGUUGGAGAAACGAUUGCUCAAGAGAGAAGAAGCUCAAAAACAAAUUGAUAAUCUAAAAGACGACGCCUCAGUUAGUGAUAUGACAAAGUACCAAAAGAGAUUGGUUAGAGUAAGUCGCGAUCAAAACGACGAGGCUAAAAAGUUACUAGAGCUCAUGGGAAUCCCCUAUGUUAACGCACCAUGCGAAGCUGAAGCACAAUGCGCAGAGUUGGCACGCGGUGGUAAAGUGUUUGCUGCUGCAAGUGAAGAUAUGGACACGCUUUGUUACGAACCACCACAGUUACUAAGACAUUUGACAUUUGCCGAGGCAAGAAAAAUGCCCAUCGACCAAAUCACAUAUAAAGAAGCCAUACAAGGCUUGGAUAUGACCAAAGAACAAUUUAUUGACUUGUGUAUUUUAUUAGGAUGCGACUACUGUGAGACAAUUAAAGGUGUUGGUCCUGUUACCGCCUACAAGUUGAUCAAAGAACACGGCUCCUUGGACAAUAUUGUAAAGUAUUUGCAAGAAAACCCCGACAAAACCAAAUAUAAAGUACCAGAAAAUUGGCCAUACAACGAAGCUAGACAAUUAUUCAUGAAACCAGAAGUGCUACCUGCACUGGAAGUAGAGUUGAAGUGGAAAGAACCAGAUUUAGAUGGAUUGAUUGAAUAUAUGGUAAAGAAUAAAGGUUUUAGUGAGGAUAGGAUAAGAAGCGGUGCUGAGAAAUUGAAAAAAGGAUUGAAAGCAGGGAUUCAAGGAAGAUUAGAUGGGUUUUUCACAGUUGUGCCAAAAAACAGCAACACAUCACCACUGGGGAAAGAUGACAAAAAAAGAAAAACAAACGACAAGAAAGGCGCUGCUGCGAAAAAGACAAAAAGGAGGUAA